GGCGCAAGGUUUAUGACCUUGAUUUUUUAAAUGGUUCGGAAGUUAUUCAGAUCAAACAUAGUUUAACCAUGAACUGCCUAUAUUUGACGCUCUUGGUGCUUAGUGUUGUAUUUCCACAAGCCAAGGGAUUUUGCGGUUCUAGAGGCCUGGACGCCAAUCUCACCCGCGCCGCGAUUAGAGCUGCUGAAUGGCUUCGAAACUACCAGGACAAACACGGUACUUACGGGGAGGGGCACGUGAAUGGCUUUGCAUUCCACUCGCUGAGAUUGGUUGGUCACUCUGUCGAGCACGGAGCGGAAGUUCUUAAUGCCGAGAUCAUCAAACAGGGCGGUCUUGGCUCCAUCCCAGGUGGGCCGUUGGCUGUUUACAUCCUUGGUGCUUUAGCCACUUGUCAAGACCCAUGGAAGUUUUACGGAAAGGAUUUGGUCACCUCGCUAUAUCAAAAACUCGACAAGUUUCCUCAAGUAGGCUUCAAUCAUCCAUUUCAGUACAGCUUGGCUAUUAUUGCUCUGUGUACCGCUGGAAAGGAUGUCGGACAGAAGAAGUACUUGAAUUACAUCAUACACAACAUCCCAAAUCAAACGGCUGCAUCUCACGCUAGCGGCGACACGCUCUCCAUGCAUAUAUUUGCUUUGACAUGCGUCAAACAGUUCGUGAAAAAACCAGGGCAGUUCAGAUUGAAAAUGAGAAGAAUUCAAGGUGGUAUAAACGCCGCGAUUAAAAUACUAUACAAACGUCAACUACUCGAUGGCACUUUUGGCGAAAACGAGGUCACUGCCGCACUUUCUUAUCAGGCUCUUCUGACAGCGGAGAUAAAUCAAAGAAAGUGUGCAGAGACCAUGAAAUUUCUCCUAUCGCGUCAAAAGCCUGACGGUUCAUUUAAAAACCUGGGUGCUACGAUCUACGUGCUACCAAGUUUGGUUGGAGCCCUUCCAUAUGAUGUCAAUAAAAUAACUUGUCCUGUGAACAAAACAGGUGAGGAGAUAUUUUAUCAUGAGAGAUAAACCCGACUAAAGUAGGAUUUUAUUUUUUAUUUAUUUA